GGAACGCUUCCUCGCGUUCCUAGUUUCCGGUCGGAAUGUGACGCUCUUUCAUCAGCAGAGCGUCAACAUGGCAGCUGUUCUUUCACCGAGACCGUGCGACAGCAAUCCUGAGACUCCUGGGACGCAGUCUGCGAAGGAUGAUAUUGAGGAGAACUCCAGUGAUGGCAGUCAAGCCCCCAAGAGACGCAGGAUGGGGUCAGGGGACAGUUCCAGGAGCUGUGACACAUCCAGCCAUGAGCUGGGACCAACAUACUUUCCUGCUGAGAAUCUGACCGAAUACAAAUGGCCCCCGGAUGACACAGGGGAGUAUUAUAUGUUACAAGAACAAGUGAGCGAGUACUUAGGAGUCACUUCAUUCAAGCGGAAAUAUCCAGAUUUGGAAAGAAGAGACCUGUCUCACAAAGAAAAACUUUAUCUGAGAGAACAAAAUGUUAUUACGGAAACGCAGUGUACUUUGGGCCUCACUGCUCUGCGCAGUGAUGAAGUCAUUGAUUUGAUGAUGAAGGAGUAUCCAGUCAAACAUGCAGAGUACUCUGUCAUCCUCCAGGAGCGAGAGCGCCAGCGGAUCACUAAAGAGUACUCUGUGAGCACUCUUAGUGCGCAAAUGCAGCAACAGAAUCCUCAAAAAGUUGAAGCCAGUAAAGUGCCCGAGUACAUAAAGAAAGCAGCUAAAAAAGCUGCUGAAUUCAACAGUAAUUUCAACCGAGAGCGGAUGGAGGAGAGGAGGGCUUAUUUUGACCUUCAAACACAUAUUAUUCAGGUACCUCAAGGAAGAUACAAAGUCCUCCCUCCAGAAAGAACCAGGACUGGUCCAUACCCAGUUGCCCUCAUUCCUGGACAGUUCCAAGAGUACUACAAAGGGUACUCUCCAAAUGAGCUCCGCUACUUGCCCUUGAACACAGCUCUAUACGAGCCUCCACUGGACCCAGAGCUGCCUGCCCUGGACAGUGAUGGUGAUUCUGAUGAUGGUGAGGAUGGAAAAGAAGACGGCAAAAAAAAUAAAGGUUCCUCUGACAGUUCAUCAGGAAACACUUCAGAAGGAGACAGCCAAGACAGUGGAAUUCAAUCCAAAGUCAAGAGCAAAGAUGCCACUCCUCGCUCCGUCCAACACAAAUCUGUCCCUGGGUACAAGCCUAAGGUCAUUCCCAAUGCUAUAUGUGGCAUAUGUCAGAAGGGUAAGGAGGCCAACAGGAAAGGCAAACCGGAGGCUCUCAUCCACUGCUCCCAGUGCCAGAACAGCGGUCACCCGUCCUGCUUGGACAUGAGUGUGGAGCUGGUGUCCCAGAUCAAGAUGUAUCCCUGGCAGUGCAUGGAGUGCAAGACGUGCACCGUGUGCGAGCAGCCGCACCAUGAGGAGGAGAUGAUGUUCUGUGACAAGUGUGACCGAGGUUUCCACACCUUCUGUGUGGGCAUGGACUCCAUUCCUCUGGGUUGCUGGGUCUGUGAUUUAUGCAACAAAGAGUUUUCUACACCUCAAAAGAAAGGGACAACAAAAACACCAAAAAAAUCGAAAUAAGAUCCAAAAAGUCGACCAAUUUUUGACCACACUUUGGUAUUAAUUUCUAUUUUCUAUUAUUUGAAGUCCAUAUGUGUUUUGUAUGUUGCAUGAAAUUUUUGUACUUUUUUUUUAUACAAUUGUUUCCGCUUUACAUAAGGGUUUUUGUAUUGUUUACUUGUUUA